AUGUCACAAGGAAAAACGUGCCAUUUUAAGCUAGUGCUGCUAGGCGAUACGGCCGUGGGCAAGUCUUGUCUGGUCGUGCGGUUCGUACGCGACGAGUUCUUCGAGUUCCAGGAGCCGACGAUCGGAGCUGCUUUCCUUACACAGACAGUCGGACUCGAGGACGGAUUGACGGUCAAGUUUGAGAUUUGGGAUACCGCAGGACAAGGCAACUUAGCACCGAUGUAUUACCGUGGUGCUGCCGCUGCUAUCGUCGUGUACGACGUGACCAACAAGGACUCGUUUACUGGUGCCAAGUCGUGGGUCAAGGAGUUGCAGCGUCGCGGUGACCCCAACGUGGUCAUCGCUCUUGCAGGUAACAAAGCUGAUCUUGAGGCACGUCGCAAAGUUGAGUUCGAGGAGGCCCACCAGUACGCAGAAGAUAAUGAUAUCCUACACAUGGAGACAUCGGCAAAGACUGCCGUGAACGUGAAGGAUUUGUUCGUCGCCAUUGCGAAGAGGCUGCCUAAGAACCCGCCGCAGCCCGAGCGUGAGGCGUUCCCGAUCACCCCGCCCCAAGCGUCUAAAUCCAAGAGCGGAUGCUGCUAG